AUGCUCUUGCCAAUAGAAGGCUGCGGACAGAUACCUCUUGUACCGUUGAAAACGGCGAUUGAACCAGUUGUUUCAGUUGUUUCAAAAAUUAAGGCUUAUGCAUGGGUUGCUAAAUUUAAUUGUCAAAAUCCUCAAGAAGGUUUAACAUCGGAUGAAUCAGCGGCAAUAAUGCUGUAUUCAAUGGAAUCUUCAGGUGAAACUGUUUAUGGUAUCCUAAAUUCGAUUCUUCGUUCUGAGGAACCUGAGAGAAGCAAUCGACUUAUACCAUGGCAUUCUUAUCUUAAACUGUUCAUUACUGCUCUUUCUCGUCUUCCUUCACAUCAACUAACUGUUUAUCGAGGUGUAAAACUCAACCUCAGUGAACGUUAUCCUAAAGGAAAGCAUUUCGUGUGGUGGGCUUUUUCGUCUUGUACAAAAUCAUUAAAUGUACUCGAAUCCUCGCAGUUUCUAGGUCAAACUGGUACACGUACUCUGUUUGUUAUUGAAUGCUUCACAGGAAAAUGUAUCCGUAAUCAUUCGUACUUUCCUACUGAAGAUGAAGUUUUACUGAUUGCUGCUCGUCACUUUGAAGUAAUGUCUUCUUUGCAACAGGGAUCUGAUUUGUGGAUUAUUCACGUAAAAGAGAUCCAGCCUGAAUUUCCUCAUUUGGUAACAGAUGAUAGUAUAUCUUCGAAUUUUGAAGCUCUCAAAAACUCUGAUGCAAAAGCUUCGGAAGCUGCAAUAUUUAUUGUAUCAUCAAAAAUUUUUUUAAAUCAACGUAAUCUAUCAUUUUGGCAAAUAAUUUUUAAAUUAAAUCAAUCAUUUAAUACUGAUUUUAAUUUAAAUACAAUUAAUAAUCAUAAUAAUGAAAUUGAUUUUCAAUUAUCACCAUUAAUGACAUUAUUACAUAUUGUUUAUUCAUCCAAUAAUCAAUAA